AUGCGCCCAAAGGAACACACCCAUACCGAGGCACCCGCGGAUGAAGAGGAUCUCUGCCGUUGCUGUUCUACUGUUGAGGAAUUUGCAGCCGCGGCGGCCAAAAGCAGUUCAGUUGGUUCCAUGUGGUACCCAAUACGUGUUCCCUGUAGCGAUCGUAUCGCUGGUUUUAGGGCUCAGCCGAUAGUUCCUAACAUCGGUGGCAAAACGCAAGCGCUCUCCGGUGAUGGGGAAACAUUUUCCUCUACCAGUUCGUGGCAGCGGUCUUGUAGAAGGCCGACAGUUCCUGGAAUUGGGAAAAGUACACCUACUCUGGCUGCCCGGGAAAUCGACGUGGGUCUCGACGUUCUUUUACACGAUCCUGGUAGGAUCCCACAGGAAACUAGCAUUAUGGUCUAUCUUCGCCGGUGCAGAAGCACGGACAUCUUCCGGGACCGAUUAGUUGAGACGCAAAAUUUCCUGGGCAACCAUGCAUCAAGAUCCAAAAAGAAAAACAGCGGAAGAACCAGAACAUGGAUAUCGGGAUUUCCGGUCAGGUUUUCUAGCAUCAUGGCGGCUAAAACAAACUAAAUGCAAAAUGCUGAAAUAAUAAAUUAAAAGAAAAUAAAACGUAGCCAUAAAAUUAUUCUGAAAAAGUGCUUCAGAUAUGAUAACAUCCAAUAUAAACAGAAAUUAUUUUUACAAUAUUUAUAG